AUGCCUCAAUCCGUUAGUCAGUUCAUUCUCUUCCGGGUCAAGCCCUCUAUCAGGCCCGAGGAUCCAUCUAGCGAAGAAGGCACUGGCCUACUGAACGUCUUCCAAUCCACCAAAACCCAAAGCGGCCAUGAGAACUCAUCUUGGGGACGCACAUCCGAAGACGAAAACACCAUUGUCUGGGUUGUAGAUUGGACGGAUGCCCGCAGCUCAGCAAACAUACGAGCCCUCGACCCCUUUCUGGACACAGACAACCCACAGCCAGUGUCAUCACUUCACUUGACCCUGAGUCCACCAAUUUCUAGCACAGAGACACUAACUAAGAACCCGAUCACUGAGCUGUGCACGCUGCCUUUCGCGAGCGACCUCGAUGUGCUGGCAUCGAGGAAGCUGAACGCGGACUUGAUUAGUUUCCGCACCACGCUACUUGAGCAAUUGCCGCAGUCAGCGGGGCUGCGGUCAUGGUCCAUGGGACAUGUGGAUCGGCCCAGUAAGCUGCCGCAUGCGAAGAGCCCUAGUGGACACGCUAUGGUGCAUUUGAUCGCCGCGGGCUGGGAUAGUAUAGAUGCACAUCUCAAGGCCAAGGAAACAGAAAAGUUUGUUGAGAGUAUUGCGCCCAUUAGAGAGAAGAUGCUGGCGCCGAUGCCUGGGUUGGAGAUGAAGCAUGUUAGUUUCCAAAAGAUUUAG